GUGUGGCCGGCGUUGAGCGCAUAUAGGUAGUCGUGAGAAGAGUCAGUCAGUGACGGGUUGUGUCUUUAGUGGCGUGGUGAACGAUUGAGUCGAGCCGCUUGUGUUAAAAAAUGAGCUGGCAGGAUUACGUUGACAAGCAGCUGCUCGCGUCUAGGUGUGUUACCAAAGCUGCAAUCGCGGGACACGAUGGCAACCUUUGGGCAAAGUCUGAAGGCUUCGAAGUAAGUAAAGAAGAGUUGACAAAAUUGGUCCAGGGAUUCGACGAGCAGGAUAUUCUGACGUCGUCGGGUGUCACCUUGGCCGGCAACAGGUACAUUUACCUGUCAGGUACGGAUCGAGUGAUAAGGGCAAAGCUUGGCAAAGUCGGUGUCCACUGCAUGAAGACGACGCAAGCGGUAGUUGUUUCUCUUUACGAAGACCCUAUACAGCCACAGCAAGCCGCAUCGGUCGUUGAAAAACUCGGGGACUACCUUGUGUCCUGCGGCUAUUAGGUUGGUAUAUACGUACUAACCUCUGGGACCCAACAUAAAUAUCUAAUAUUAAUAUUAAACGAUACGAUCGAUUAUUUUAAUGAACAGCGAAUGGAAUGCGUCAUGCCGCACGAGUCGCGCCGGAACUGCCGCAAGCUUGCCGCGCGACAUUCGAUGAAGAGCAACAACUACAUCAGCAACAACACCAGCAACACAGCUAUCAUAUUCCAGUCGUCGUUCUCUCCUCUUCGAUUCGGCCGAUCGACGUUCGGGGAACAGAUGCACGCGCUCACGUGUGCGUAAUAACUUCCGAAAAAAGCUCCUAAGCAUUUACUUGGAAAAUGAUCGCGCAAAUUGUAAUCGAUGAAGGGCGGUCUUUUCAUUGUUUUCGUUUCAUCGUAGCAUCCAUAUUUCGAAUUUUUAUGUCCGUUUGUGUAUUUACGACCGAGAUAAUGUCAGUACUAUAACGACAGGAAUUCCGAAAGCUUCGAUGAAGACAAAGGAAAAAACGCUUUUUUACAAUUGAAUAAUAAAACGAAAAAUUAUGAACCGCAAGUACCAUGCAGUUUUACAUUUAUACGCACCAUAACAACAGAUAAGUAUUUACCUCAGAAGUGAUAAUGACAUAUACAGUGAGCUAGGAUGAAUUAAACGAGGGGAAAAAGAAGAAACAUCUUUUAUUUGCGAACGAUCGUAUUAUGUCGAUUCGUUGACGGAGAGACAAAAAUACACGAGACGCAUGCAUUAAGUAUAAGAAAUAAUGAUAAUAAAUAAUAGUAAACUAUUGCGUGUUAGGUUUACAGUCUUUUUUGUAGAGAAUGAAAGGAUGUUAGAGACGGUGAAAGAGAGAGAGAGAAAGAGAGAGAGUGCGAGCAUUAGAGAAAGUUUGAUGGAAUAAAAGAAGAGGUGAUGAUGGAGAAAUGGGCGUGAAAGAAGAAGCGAAUGAUCGAGAGGUAACUAACGAAUUAGAAAGAGAAGGAGUGAGCGUGUGAGUGAGAAUAAUAAGGGAAACGGGGGAGGUAGAAUAUGAGUGAAAAAAUCAAUUUCAAGGAUUGAAGAAUCGCGAAGAGGAAACAAGAGAAGCGGUGUCUGGAAAUGUGUAAGAGAGCGCAAUAGAGGUAUAACACCGAUGAUAGAUAUGGAACGAGAUGAUAAAAGAGGCAAAAGCGAAGUGAAGCUACAGUCGAUGAGACAGUUGACAGCAAUGGUGGCGGUGAGAGGACGGUGUGGACGAUGCAGGCAAACGUGCGGUAGGGGGUGAAAAGGUGUGGAUUGAUUGUAAUCCUGGCUGGCCUCUCCCUCCCCCAUCCAGAUCGAUACAACCCUUUUAACUAUUUACUCUCUUUAAUAUUGCUAUGUGUAAGAAGAAUAAAACAAAUCGGGGGAUGUGUCACUUAUCGAUAAGAGGAAGAAAUACAGAGAGAGAGAGAGAGAGAGAGAGAAAGAGAGAGAGAGAAAGAAAGCGAG